UGUAGUAGGCGCAUCCUGGAAAAUGGCGGCGUCCGCAAGCGCCGGAGUGACGGGCCAGCACGGCCGCCGGGGACGGAGGCCUUAUAGGCGGCAUGGACGUGGGGUACGCCGCGGGCCGGGGGGCGGCACAGAAGGGGCCCUGAAGCGGCUAAAGCUAGCUGUGGAGGAGUUCGUGCAGGCGAGCUCCGAGGGUGAGAUCCCCGGCGGCUCCGCGGGGCCCCGGACGGGAGGACGCGGGCGGGUGGGCGGGAGGAAAAGCCGCAGGGAGCUGAGGAAGGAGAAGCGGCACCUGAAGAAGGCGCGCCGGCUGCAGAGGAGUGCGGGCCCCGCGCAGGGCCCGGGUCCGGGCGGCGGCGUCGGGGGAGCUAACGGCCCCCGGGCUGAGGAGGUGGCGGAGGCGGCGGGGGAGGGCGGCCGGCUGUCCCCUCGUCGGGCCCCACCGCCGACGGCGGGGCCGCGACCUCCCCAGGCCAAGGGCGCGCGGGCCCGCACCGAGGCCAGAGGUCCCCCCGGGACAACAAGGCCCUCUGCAGCCGCCGCUGCCGCUCGGAAACGGGCGCUUCUGGCGGCCAACGAGGAGGAGGACCGGGAGAUCCGAAAGCUGGAGCGGUGCCUCGGCUUGAACAAGCGCAAAAAGAAAGGAGAUGGUAGCUCCGUGCCGCUUAGCUUUGCUCGCGAUGGGCUCGACUACAUCCUGGGAGCCCUGGGGUCUGGAAAAAAUAGUGGCUUGUAUGAAAGCAGCAGAGAGGAGGAAGAGGUGGAGGAUGCCGGACAGACUGUCCCCGAAAGUGACUUAGAGAGUGACGAAAGUGACUUAGAGAGUGGCACGGACGGUGAAUGGGGGGAGGAGGAUGUGGAAGAAGAAAAGAGCAAGCUGGGAGCAGAAGCCGGAGCACAGGUGGAGGAAGAGGAUGUAGAAAAGGAUGAGCAGAAAACAGCAGAAGGGAGAGCCACGUGGGAAAGGCACAAAAAGAGAGUCCGCUUUGCAGAAGAAAGGACUGAAUCUUCCUCUGAGGACUCUGACACAGCCGAUCAGAGUCCUUGUGAAAAUGACGGCAAGUACAUCCCCCCUCAUGUGAGGCAAGCUGAGGAAACAGCAGGUGGUCAGAAAAAGGAGGGACUGGAGAGACUACAGAAACAUGUCAAAGGUCUGAUCAACAGGUUGAGUGAGCCGAGCAUGGCAUCCAUAAGUGGGCAGCUGGAGGAGCUGUACAUGGCCCACAGCAGGAAGGACAUGAACGACACUCUGACGGGCGUCCUCCUGAGUGCCUGCGCUCCGGACGCCGCCAUGCCCAGCAGGCUGGUGAUGGAGCACGUGCUUCUGCUCAGCGUUCUUCACCACGCGGUCGGGGUCGAGGUCGGUGCUCACUUUUUGGAGGCCGUGGUGAGGAGGUUUGAUGCCGUCUAUAAGAGUGGAGGCCAAGGGAAGGAGUGUGAGAACCUGCUUGCCAUCGUCGCCCAUUUGUAUAACUUCCAUGUGGUGCAGGCUUGCCUGGUCUUUGACGUUUUGAAAAAACUUAUCGGAACGUUCACAGAAAAAGAUAUUGAACUGACCCUGUUAAUGCUGAAAAAUGUGGGCUUUUCGUUGAGAAAAGAUGAUGCUUUGUCACUUAAGGAACUGAUCGUGGAAGCCCAGGCCAAGGCCAGCGAGGCCACUGGCAAGUUCCAGGACCAGACCAGGGUUCGGUUUAUGCUGGAGACCAUGUUGGCCCUGAAGAACAAUGACAUGCGUAAGAUCCCAGGCUACGAUCCCGAGCCCGUGGAGAAGCUCAGGAAGUUACAGAGAGCUUUGGUGCGCAGCGCCAGCUCGGGCCCGGAAACCCAGCUCCGAGUCUCCUGGGACGCUGUCCUGAAUGCCGAGCACACCGGGCGCUGGUGGAUCGUGGGGUCCGCGUGGAGCGGGGCCCCCAUGAUUGACAACAGUCAGCAGAAGAUCCUGGAGAAGCAGCCCUCCCGGACGGUUAGUGGGAAGAUACUAGAACUCGCCCGAAAGCAGAGAAUGAACACCGAUGUCAGGAGAAAUAUAUUCUGUACAAUAAUGACUAGUGAAGAUUUUUUGGACGCGUUUGAGAAGCUUCUGAAGCUUAGACUGAAGGAGCAGCAGGAGCGGGAGAUCGUUCAUGUUCUCGUGGAUUGCUGCCUUCAGGAGAAAACCUACAACCCUUUCUAUGCGUUCCUGGCUGGCAAGUUCUGUGAGCACCAGAGGGGCUUCCAGAUGACUUUCCAGUUCAGCAUAUGGGAUAAAUUUCGGGACUUAGAAAAUUUGCCAGCCACUAAUUUCUCUAAUUUGGUUCACCUGGUCGCCCACUUGUUGAAGACGAAAUCGCUUCCACUUUCUAUUUUAAAGGUAGUUGAAUUCAGUGAAUUGGAUAAAGCCAGAGUCCACUUUUUACGGAAAGUGUUAUAUAUUCUGUUAAUGGAAACAGAAGCUGAAGACCUUGGUUCCAUUUUUGCAAGGGUGUGUGACAACCCGAAGCUGGGCUUGUUGAGAGAAGGCCUGAGGCUCUUCAUCAGCCACUUCCUGUUGAGGAACGCGGAGCUGCACUCGAGUGCGGAGGAGGCCAGCCUGCUGAGAGAGAGGGCGGACCUCUCGACUAAGGCUCUGCAAGGCAAGGCUUCGCUGAGAAUGUAGUCCGGAAACAGAGAGGAGUGCGGGGGUCAUUUGUCUGAAAAUGUCCUUUUUAAACCCAAAAGGCUUAUUCCGCUAGCCAGGUAUGCAAGCUUGGGGAGCUAUGCCAUGGUCUGUUGUAUUUAAGAUACUGUGUUUUAGGUAAUUGCUCAAUUCAAGGUUGUACUGUGUUUAUGUUUUAAACCGUUUUCACGUGCCGGUAGAUAGAAUGGGGUGAGGAGAUGGUAGGGAGGGAAGGACAGGCAGACACGGGACAUGUUCUCUGAGGGUGCAGUGCGGCUGGGAUCACGUGUGUGAUGGUCUUAUUUUUCACUAGACAAUUAGUCCACUAGAGGGUGCAGUUAUAAAGAACUUGAUGCGUUUUUUAUCUUUUUAAUGUAUUGAUUUAAAGUUCAAAAACCAUUAGUUAAACGUGGUACGGGAUACUGAAUUGAUUUAUUUCGAGAAUUGGGACGCGAGUGUGUUGGAAAAGCAGUUACCUGCACAGCGGGAGCGGCCCAUCAGCACUUGCCCAGAAUUCUCACGUGCUGAGGGAAGGACACUUCCUGUGUGUGUCUGUCACUUACGCUCAUCAACUCGAGGUUGUAAAGCACUUCACUAAACAACUUUGAAGUCACCGGAUAGAUAUCGGACACUUGGUGGGUGUGCCUGUGAGCCGGGUUCUAGGAGUAAGUGUGAAUAAAACAGAACUGCCACCUGCGAGGAACGAACGUUUGUCUAGUGAAAGACACACCCCACGAGUACAAUCAGCCCUGGCUGAUUCUGUGAAGAAGUAAGUCAUACAUCGACAAGUUGUCUGGUCUUCUGCAGCUCUUAGAAUUUGCUUCUGUUAAGUGCUGCAAAUUUGAGUUCCAUGUCAUCUUCAGUUACUGAAAAGUCAUCAAAAUGUGUGUAUAGAAUAGGAUUUUCUACAGCAUCAGCACAUGGCCAGCAGCGUGCUGUCCCGUAGGGUGGUCACCUGGCCUGAGUGAGAUCACCCCUGUGCUAACUCCUCUUUGUCGCAGAAUUUCAAACGCCAUCUUUACGUGACCCG